AUGGGAGCGAACUCAGUCUCCACUAAAGGUACCUUUGGUCCAGAAACCAUCAAAGGCACCGGCAUUGCCCUGAUCGUUCUCACUUCGCUCGUUGUAGUUACGCGCUUCGCUGGUUCAAUUCGUCGAUUCAAGGACAUUAAGCCGGAGGAUUGUUUUCUCCUUGUUGCUUACUUAUUCUUUCUGACACUGGGCAUCCUCUAUGUCUAUAUUGCACCUGCUAUUUUCCGACUGGCAUCUCUCGAAGCUGGAUUGAUACCAUAUUAUCCGACCGUUUUGGAGGACUCGAUACGACUGCAGAUUGUCUUUUUUGUCACAACUUCCUCGUUAUGGAUCUGUUUGUGGAUGAUUAAGUUCUCGCUGUUGUCGAUGUACAAGCGACUCCUGGUUGGGAAAACGUAUAUUACCGUGUGGUGGAUUAUUACAGUUUCUUGCAUCAUGCUCCUGAUUGGCUGUAUUCUGUCCUCCUGGUUCUCGUGUUCGAGUUUCCAUGCAUGGUUUACCGCAGGAGCAUGCAGCACGCCGCGAGAUCACCGCGCGGCCGUAAUCAGUCUUUAUUUUGCAUAUGCAGUAGACAUCAUAACUGACCUCGCAAUCAUGGCCCUGCCUAUACGACUUAUUUGGCAUUUGAGAAUGCAAUUGAAGCAGAAAUUGAGCAUUGGUGGCCUAUUUUGUUUUGGCUGGAUCUGCAUCAUCAUCGCAACAAUUCGGGUCGUGCAGCUAGGGAGCGCUUCCAAUGAAUCUUCUAGUGGUACACCCGCCCCAUCAUGGUUGGCAAUGUGGGGAAUUAUCGAAGCCUCAAUUGCUGUGAUGAUCGGCUGCUGCCCUGGCCUCUACCGUGUCGUCAAGUCUGUCAUAUCUCCAUCGAAAACCUCGUACCAAUAUAACUCAUACAACGCGCGUGGAUGUGGUCUUAGUGGUAUGCCGUCGCAUAGAUCAGGUGGUCUGAAUAUUGCUUUGACGGAUAUCUCGGGGAAAGAUGGAGUGUUUCAGUCUGCCAGCGCCUACCGUUCCUCGAGUCCUUCUAGCAGUCAAGAGCAGUUGGCACAUGGAAAUGGUCGAGGGGUUAUCCUCGUUAACCAUGGGAUUGAAGUCACGAUUGGGGAACGGACACAUGACUUCGAACGAAUGGAAUACAGGAAAUCGGACCAUUCUUUAUAA